ACACUGGUACCAACAACUACAGCGGAACCAACAACCACAACUCAGGAGCCAACUACUACUGCUGAACAAACCUCAACUCUUGAGCCAACAACCACAGUCGAACCAACGACCUUAGUUGUACCAGCGACCACCGUAGAACCAACGACCACAGUUGAACCAACAUCCACAAUUGAACCAACAUCCACAGUUGAACCAUUAUCCACAGUUGAAUCGACUACUACAGUUGAACCAACAACUACAUCUGAACCAACUACAAUGCGGGAGCCUACAACCACACUGGUACCAACAACUACAGCGGAACCAACAACCAUAACUCAGGAUCCAACUACUACCGCUGAACAAACCACAACUCUUGAGCCAACAACCACAGUCGAACCAACAACCUCAGUAGAACCAACUACGACCCCAACAUUCACAGUUGAACCGACUACUACAGUUGAACCAACAACUACAGCUGAGCAAACUACAACGCUAAAGCCUACAACCGAAGUGGAACCAACAACAGCGGAACCAACAACCACUCAAGAGCCAACUACUACAGCUGAACCAACCACAACUCUUGAACCGACAACUUUAGCAGAAGUAACUACUACAGCUGUCGAUACAACCUCUCUGGAACCAACAACUACAGCUGAACCAACUACGACAGUGCAGCAAACAACUUCUCAAGCAAUGACAACGGUUGAGACCUUUACUCCUGCUGAAAAUGAGACGUCUUUUGAGGCUUCUUUCAGCCUUACGCAAAACUUUACUGAAGAUCUUUUGAAUUCAUCAUCUGAUGCAUACGUGCAACUUGAACAGGAGUCCCUUGAUAUGUUGUAUGCUUCAUACAAUGAGUCUGACCUGGCAGAAGACGUGGAAGAAAUAACAAUCCUUGGAUUCGAGGAAGGGAGUAUUAGAAUUAGAUUCCGGCUUCUUCUGAGGAGGCUUAUUUCUGCCGCAGAAUCAUCAACCAUACAAGGAUCAAUUGGUACUGGGUUAGUGAAUUACCUUAAUAACAACCCACGAAUUGCUGCAAGAUUCAAUGUUGAUACCAGCUCUAUAACUGUUACAGAAGUAGAGUCAUGUCCAUACGUUGUGUUCAGUUCUGGCAACUGCCCUGAAAACACUAUCCUAACGUUCUAUGGGAGAAAACAGCGUUUUUGCAGGAGCCAGUGUGAUGCAUUACCAGACUGUAAAGGAUAUUGGUUCAAAAUCACAAAUGGCACGCGUCAAUGUUCACUGAAGAGUAACAUUUGCAGCAAUCCAACAGGAUAUGGGAAGAUGUGGAAGAAAGACUGUCCGACAGAGAGCACGACAAAAGUAGAACAGACAACUACACCUCAACUAACCACAACUAGAGUGGCAACACCAACAGUAGAGCUAACAACGACAGUGCCAUCAACUACACUUGCCGAACCAACCACACCUGUAGAAUUGACUACAACAGUGGAACCUAUUACGACAGUGAAACUAACCACAACGAUGGACCCUACAACAACAAUGGAACAAACUACUACAGCUAAACCAACCACAACUCUUGAGACAACAACCACCGUAGAACCAACAACAACAGUUGAACCAACAACCACUGUGGAACAAACUACCACAGGUCAACCCACAACCACUCUUGAGCCAAGCACCACUGUGGAACCAACUACCACUGUUGAACCAACAACCACAGUGGAACCAACCACCACAGUUGAAUCGACUACUACAGUUGAACCAACAACUACAUCUGAACCAACUACAACGCGGGAGCCUACAACCACACUGGUACCAACCACUACAGCGAAACCUACAACCACAACUCAGGAUCCAACUACUACUGCUGAACAAACAACACCUCUUAAGCGAACAACCACAGUCGAACCAACAACUUCAGUAGAACCAACUACGACCGUAGAACCAACAACCACAGUUGAACCAAAAACCACUGUGGAACAAACUACUACAGCUGAACCAACAACAACUCUUGAGCCAACCACCACUGUGGAACCAACCACCACAGUUGAACCAACAUCCACAGUUGAAGCGACUGCUACAGUUGAACCAACAACUAUAUCUGAACUAACUACAACGCUGGAGACUACAACUACAGUGGAACCAACUUCAACAGCGGAACCAACCACAACUCUUGAACCAACAACUACAUUGGAACCAACUACAACGCGAGAGCCUACAACCACACUGGUACCAACAGCUACUGCGGAACAACCAACCACAACUCGGGAGUCAACUACUACUGCUGAACAAACCUCAACUCUUGAGCCAACAACCACAGUCAAACCAACGACCUCAGUAGAACCAACUACCACCGCAGAACCAUCAACCACAGUUGAACCACCAACCAUCGUUGAUGAAACUACUACAGCUGAACCCACAACUACAUCUGAACCAACUACAACGCUGGAGCCUACAACUACCCCAUUGUCCACAAUUGAACCGACAACUACAGUUGAACGAACAACUACAACUGAACCAACUACAACGCUAGAACCUACAACUACCGUUGAACCAACUUCAACAGCCGAACCAACCACAACUCCUGAACCAACAACUACACUGGAACCAAUGACCACAGUUGAACCAACAACCACUCUGGAACCAACAACCACAGUUGAACCAACCACCACAGUGGAACCAACUAGCACAAUUGAACCAACCACCACUGUGGAGCAAACCGCCAGAAUUGAACCAACAACCACUGUGGAACCAACCACAACAGUUGAUCCAACCACCACUGUGGAACCAACCACCACAGUUGAACCAACAACCACUGUAGAAGCAACUACCACAGUUGAACCAACAACCACUGUGGGACCAACCUCCACUGUGGAACCAACUACCACAGUUGAACCAAUAACGACUUUGGAACCAACCACCACAGUUGAACCAACAACAACUGAACCAACAACAACUCUUGAGCCAUUGUCCACAAUUGAACCGACAACUACAGUUGAACGAACAACUACAACUGAACCAACUACAACGCUAGAACCUACAACUACUGUUGAACCAACUUCAACAGCCGAACCAACCACAACUCCUGAACCAACAACUACACUGGAACCAAUGACCACAGUUGAACCAACAACCACUCUGGAACCAACAACCACAGUUGAACCAACCACCACAGUGGAACCAACUAGCACAAUUGAACCAACCACCACUGUGGAGCAAACCGCCAGAAUUGAACCAACAACCACUGUGGAACCAACCACAACAGUUGAUCCAACCACCACUGUGGAACCAACCACCACAGUUGAACCAACAACCACUGUAGAAGCAACUACCACAGUUGAACCAACAACCACUGUGGGACCAACCUCCACUGUGGAACCAACUACCACAGUUGAACCAAUAACGACUUUGGAACCAACCACCACAGUUGAACCAACAACAAUUGAACCGACAACUACAGUUGAACCAACAACUACAUCUGAACCAACUACAACGCUAGAACCUACAACUAUCGUGGAACCAACUUCAACAGCCGAACCAACCACAACUCUUGAACCAACAACUUCACUGGACCCAACGACCACAGUUGAACCAGCAUCCACAGUUGAACCGACUUCUACAGUUGAACCAACAACUACAUCUGAACCAAAUACAACGCUAGAGCCUACAACUACCGUUGAACCAACUUCAACAGCCGAACCAACCACAACUCUUGAACCAACAACUACACUGGAACCGAUGACCACAGUUGAACCAACAACCACUCUGGAACCAACAACCACAGUUGAACCAACCACCACAGUGGAACCAACUAGCACAAUUGAACCAACCACCACUGCGGAACAAACCGCCAGAAUUGAACCAACAACCACUGUGGAACCAACCACAACAGUUGAUCCAACCACCACUGUGGAACCAACCACCACAGUUGAACCAACAACCACUGUAGAAGCAACUACCACAGUUGAACCAACAACCACUGCGGGACCAACCUCCACUGUGGAACCAACUACCACAGUUGAACCAACAACAACUUUGGAACCAACCACCACAGUUGAACCAACAACAAUUGAACCAACAACUACAUCUGAACCAACUACAACGCGGGAGCCUACAACCACACUGGUACCAACCACUACAGCGGAACCUACAACCACAAUUCAGGAUCCAACUACUACUGCUGAACAAACAACACCUCUUAAGCCAACAACCACAGUCGAACCAACAACUUCAGUAGAACCAACUACGACCGUAGAACCAACAACCACAGUUGAACCAAAAACCACUGUGGAACAAACUACUACAGCUGAACCAAAAACAACUCUUGAGCCAACCAUCACUGCGGAACCAACUACUACAGCUGAACCAACCACAACUCUCGAGCCAGCAGCCAAACUGGAACCAACAACAACAGUUGAAUUACCAACUUCUGCGGAUCCAACUACUACAGCUGAACAAACCACAACUCUCAAGGCAGCAUCCACAGUUGGACCAACUACUACACCUGAACUAACAACCACCAGGGAACCAACUACUACACCUGAACCAACCACAACUCUCGAGGCAGCAUCCACAGUUGGACCAACUACUACACCUGAACUAACAACAACCAGGGAACCAACUACUACAGCUGCACCGACCACAACUCUUGAACAAAGAACUACAGUGGAACCAACUACUACAGUUGAACCGACAUCCACUGCGGAGCCGACUACUACAGCCGAACCAACCACAACCCUUGAGCCAGCAGCCAAACUGGAACCAACAACAACAGUUGAACUACCAACUACUGCGGAACCAACUACUACAGCUGAACCAACCACAACUCUCGAGCCAGCAGCCAAACUGGAAGCAACAACAGCAGUUGAAUUACCAACUUCUGCGGAUCCAACUACUACAGCUGAACAAACCACAACUCUCAAGGCAGCAUCCACAGUUGGACCAACUACUACACCUGAACUAACAACAACCAGGGAACCAACUACUACACCUGAACCAACCACAACUCUCGAGGCAGCAUCCACAGUUGGACAAACUACUACACCUGAACUAACAACCACCAGGGAACCAACUACUACACCUGAACCAACCACAACUCUCGAGGCAGCAUCCACAGUUGGACCAACUAUUACACCUGAACUAACAACAACCAGGGAACCAACUACUUCAGCUGCACCGACCACAACUCUUGAACAAAGAACUACAGUGGAACCAACUACUACAGUUGAAUCGACAUCCACUGCGGAGCCGACUACUACAGCUGAACCAACCACAACCCUCGAGCCAGCAGCCAAAAUGGAACCAACAACAACAGUUGAACCACCAACUUCUGCGGAAUCAACUGCUUCAGCUGAACAAACCACUUCUCCAGAGCAAACAAUCACAGAGGAACCAACUACCACAGGUGACAUAAUCAGCACUCUGGAGCCAAAUACCACAACUUAA